CGCUUCCCCACAUGUCCGUCGGCGACGGCUCAUCACCGACGCUCAAAGAACGCCCUUCGUCUCUCUCCAGUUCGCAUCGCGAGUCUCAAUGGCUCUCUGCGGACAAGGACGGAACGACACUCGAUAGCUCUUUUUCAAGUACAUCAAUAUUUCCGCCCAUAGAUAUGCAGCAGUUCAGCGACCGCACCCGUGCGAUGAACCUUUAUCGGACGUAUAUGGGAGUAGUGGGUUGUAAAGAAGAGAUGUGGGGAGAGCUCAAAAUGCUAAGGACAUCACGACACAGAUCGUUGUCUGCCUACGGAUGGGAGGAGAAGACCUCGGAGGAUAAGGUACUGGAAGAUCAAGAAGCGCGGGGCCGAUUCGACGAAAUUUUUGAGCGCUUCGAAUCGGAUAUGCUCACUCGCAUAGCGUUCUGGUACUCACUAACCGAACUGGGAUACCCUCUCCCUCGACGCGACUCCCUCAUCAAGUCAGAGCUCCUUGAAGAGGAGAGAUUGCGCAAAGCAAUCAUAGAAUCGUAUGCAUCAGCGACCGACGAAGAUUUUGAAGUCCCGAGCAGGGUUUUCAGGGUGUUUAUUGGAUUCAAAGCAUAUGAGACCGAAGAGGAUGAGGUCUCAGCCGAAGAGAAGUAAGGGCUGUAUCUUUCUAUGAGCCCACAUACUGCUAUGUAUUUUUUUGUGGUUGUUUAUGAACAAUGCCAUAAUUAUGUAUCCU